AUGUCUGAUGAUGAAACCCAGACCUGUAACAGAGACGAUUCUGACUCUGCAAGUGAUUGUGGUGCUGAAAGCGAUGAUUCCUGGCUUAGUAGAGAUGCACCAGUGGACAAUAUCGCAACUGAAAGUAGCGACAGCGAUGAUGGAAUUGAUGAGGCAGGUGAUGUAGGCACUUCUGUUGAUAGAAGUGGGCGUGGCACAAGAGACCAAAAUAUUUCUACAGCUGAAAAUGUCGUUUGGAAAUGGAGAAAGGCUGCUGAAAAUGAACUUGUUGAGAUUGACAAUCUUCCUCCAUACCAAGAACAACAAGGUGUUAUGUCAGACACAACUGGAUUUUUGCCGAUUAAUUUUUUCAAAAUUUUUUUCCCUGACACUGCCAUAGAUUUGAUCACACGUGAAGUCAACAGGUAUGGUGAAAAUCACCUGUCUCAGUACACUGGAAGUGCCAAGUACAAAAAACUCACUUGGGAUAACACUGAUGCAGUUGAAAUUUCUGCAUUUAUAGGCCUUCAUAUUGGUAUGGGAAUGUGCUGUAAACCAGCAGUUUCAGACUACUGGUCUAAGAAUUUUUGGCUGAAUGAAACAGCAUAUUCGAGGGCCAUGAGUCGAAACAGAUACCAGCUGCUUCACAGAAAUCUGCAUUUCAACAAUAAUGAUGUCAGAAAUGAAAGAGGACAGCCUGGGUAUGAUCCCUUGUUCAAACUCAGGCCCCUACUAGACAUCAUAUUGCCUACAUACAGGGAAAACUACACACCUGGAUGUGAGUUAUCCAUAGAUGAAUCAAUGGUGCGGUUCAAAGGCAGAAUAUAUUUCAAGCAGCAGUACCUGCCAGCGAAGCCUACCAAGUGGGGAUUUAAGUUAUUUGUGCUUACCGAUGCUAAAACUCAGUAUUGUUUAAAACUAGAGAUUUAUACUGGUAAGGCAAAUAAUGAAGGUUGUGUCGGGACGACUUCCACACUGGUAAAACGCCUUCUUGAUGGAUACGAAUUUAAAGGUCAUAUUCUGUACUGUGACAGUUUUUAUUCAAGCCCAGCUUUAUUUCAAGAGCUAAAAGAAAUGCAGAUUGGUGCAUGUGGCACAGUGUCUGAAAGAAGGAAGCAUUUUCCUGAGAUGUUAAAGAAAAAGCAGCUAAAACUGAAAAAAGCAGAUAAUCCUGUGUUUUGUGUAACAGAAGAUAAAAGCAUGUUGGCCGUUACCUGGCACGAUACCAAGAGAGUUAACCUAAUUUCUACUGUUCACUCCAAUGAUGUCAUGGAUAAGACAGUUAGAAAAAGGGGAGCUCCUGAGGGCAGAAUUAUCAACAAGCCUGUUCUGGCUGAAAAAUACAACCAAAGUAUGGGUGGUGUCGAUCACUUCGGCCAACUUGCUGCAAACUACCCAUACCCACACAGAUCCUAUAAAUGGUACCUGCCAUUGUAUCAUUUUUUAGUUGAGACUGCUCUUGUCAAUGGGCAUAUAAGCUACAACACUGUCAACUCUACAAAAAAGAUAACAGCUAAGAAGUUCAGGCAGGAUGUCAGUCUUGCUCUUAUCGGACCUGCUGUUCUUCGGCACAACGUAAUACCUUCUAGACCACAAGUCACAACAUCACGACUUACCGAACGCCAUUUUAUUGAAAAAUAUGAAAAGCCAAAGUACAAACCAGACUGUAAAGUGUGUAAGGCUGCAGGUAAAAGGAGCCAGACUUGCAUGUACUGCCCAGAUUGCAAUACACCUCUAUGCUUGACACCCUGUUUCAAGCUAUACCAUACAGUUGAGGAUUAUCAACGUUCCCGACAAAGACUCUUGCAGAGUUCUACAGCUACAGCUUCAACUUCAGUGAAUGAAUGA